AUGGAGAACCUCGAAGAUACCUGCGCCUCGCUCCGAGCGCAGAUUGCAGCCACAGAAGCCCAGCUCGCGGGGCUCAAGCGCGACCUCGCCAACGCCGAAGCUGCGGGCAAGCCGGAGACGGGCUCAACGGGAAACACGAAGGAAGGCCUGAACGGCACCGGAAGCCGUUGGCCACUGCUGCAAGAGGAAUAUAAACGCUAUGGACGGCAGAUGAUCGUGUCGCAAAUCGGUCUACACGGCCAGCUCAAAUUGCGCGCCGCCAAGGUCCUGCUCGUCGGUGCCGGUGGCUUGGGGUGUCCUGCUGCGCAGUAUCUUGCUGGUGCUGGCGUUGGAACCCUGGGACUGAUUGAUGGUGAUACGGUUGAGAUCUCGAAUCUACAUCGCCAAGUGCUGCACCGCUGGAAGAAUGUGGGGAAAUACAAGGUGGACAGUGCGAUUGAGUCUCUACGAGAAUUAAACCCCCAUCCGACGUACAUUGCGCAUCGAACACAUCUCACACCAGACGAGGCGCCGGCGAUCUUUGAGAAUUAUGACCUUAUCCUGGACUGUACCGAUAACCCGGCGACGCGAUACCUGAUCUCGGAUACCGCAGUGCUGAUGGGCAAACCCCUGAUUUCCGCAUCUGCUUUGCGAACAGAGGGUCAGCUCGUCGUGCUGAAUAACCCUCCUCGACGACCUGGUGAUAAAGAAGGUGGCCCAUGUUAUCGUUGUGUAUUCCCUAAGCCACCACCUGCCGAUAGCGUCGUGAGUUGUGCCGAUGGGGGUAUAAUUGGGCCUGUCGUUGGGACCAUGGGAGUAUUGCAAGCCCUGGAGGCGAUCAAAGUGCUCACCGCGCCGGAUGUUAGUCCAGCAGCAGAUGGUACGACACCACCUCGAGACCCUCCAAUCCUGCAGAUCUUCUCCGCGUUCUCGAACCCGCAAUUCCGCUCGAUUCGUCUUCGUUCUCGUCGUGCCAACUGUGCGGUAUGCUCUGCCGAGGCCACCGUGACACUUGAUACCAUCGCGUCGGGCUCCACAGACUAUGUUUUCUUCUGUGGCUCGGCGAACGCGCCGUCCUUGCUGGGACCGGGGGAGCGCGUCUCUCCGGAAGAGUAUCGUGAGAGACAUCCACCGGCCAACUCACAGGCAAAUGACAAGUCCGUCAAAAGGGGCUCGCAUACAGUCAUCGACGUGCGAGACAAGGCGCAAUUUGGAAUUUGCAACCUGGAAAACAGCAUCAAUAUCCCCAUUUCGAAUUUCCUUGGCUCGGCGCCUGUUCCGAUGGCUUCGGAAUAUGAGACAGAAGCCAGUCAACUUCCGUCAUGGCUGCCGUCGGAGCUGGCAUCACCCGAGUCUAACGACCCGAUAUACGUGGUCUGCCGUCUUGGAAACGACUCCCAGAUCGCAGUCAAGAAAAUGAAAGAUUUAGGCUUGGAUCGAAACGGCCAGCGAUUCAUCGGUGAUAUCCGGGGCGGAUUUCGUGCAUGGCGCGACCAAGUGGAUCCGGAAUGGCCCGAAUAUUAG